CUCAGCGGUACUUCCUCACUCAGAUCCGGGAGUGGUUUGUGGAGUGCGGGCCGGAGGGGCAGGUGGCCAUCAACAUUCGUACGGACGUGUCGCUGUACCGUCUGCUCAGGCCCCUGGACCGCUACGCGCCCUGGUACCGGCUGGUGUGCCGGUGUGCGCACGUGGCGGCCCAGGUGCUGGCGUGGCUGGAGGGGCAGCAGCGGGCCGCCAAGCUGGGGUUCGGGGAGGUGGUGGCCCGGCUGGCAGCGCUGCCGCAGGGACACAGGGCGCAUGUGGGGAGCAAGGCUGCCGUCGUGGAGCGCUUCAUCGUGGUUCACGGGCAGGUCAUCCUGAACAUGAUCCAGCGCCACUGGAAACCCGCAGUACGGCAGUGCGGAUUCGGCAAGGAGCUGCGCACGCGGCUGGCUCAGAGGCGGCACAUCAAGCUGAAGCAGCGGCGGGCGGCGGGCGGCGCCAGGG